UCACCAUCAGAUGUUGGUGUUGAUCCUUAAAUGUGUCCUCACGACCUUAAUUUUGAAAAGACACACAGCGGAUGUUGUACGUUGAUUCUGGUCCGUCCAGCAGCAGGAACUUUCUCUUCGUUCCUUCACAACAAGAUGGACUGGAAUGAGGACCAUGAUGGUCACGGCCACAUGCAUGACAGCUGUAGCCACGGACAUCCAGGUCACUCUCACAGUCACGGGCCGAGAGCGGCUCACCCCUUCAUGACGCCUUUUCAAGGACAGUUCAAAAACGCAGAUCAGACGAUGGACGUCAGUCAGCAGCCGAAGAGACGGUCGCACAUGGAUGACAGCGGCAGUUGGGACAUAGUGAAGGCAACGCAGUUCGGCAUCCUUGAGCGCUGUAAGGAGCUGGUGGAGGCAGGAUACGACGUCAGGCAGCCGGACAAAGAGAACGUCACUCUGCUGCAUUGGGCGGCCAUCAACAGCCGCUCAGAGCUUGUCAAGUAUUAUAUUUCUAAAGGGUCGAUAGUUGACCAGCUUGGAGGAGACCUGAACUCUACUCCUCUUCACUGGGCCAUAAGGCAGGGCCACCUCCCCAUGGUGAUCCAGCUGAUGAGAUACGGAGCAGAUCCCUCCAUCGCAGACGGAGAAGGUUACCGCGCUCUCCACCUCGCCAUCCUCUUCCAGCACAUGGCCAUAGCAGCAUAUCUUAUGGCUAAGGGACAGGAAGUUGAAGGACCUGACUGCAAUGGACAGACACCACUGAUGUUAGCAGCCCAAAAGAUUAUUGGGCCUGAACCCACAAAUUUCUUAAUCAAAAAUAACGCUUCUGUGAGUGCUGUGGACAAAGUGAACAGGAACACUCCGCUGCACUGCGCCGUGCUGGCAGGAAACGUAGACGCGGCCCACAUCCUGCUGGAGGCCGGGGCCAGUAUCGAUGCAGAAAACAUCAACGGUCACACACCCAUCGACUUGGCCCAUCAGGUGCACAGCCCGCUGCUCAUCCACAUGCUCAACCACGUCAAACAGGAGAGGAUUCGGUCCAACUCGCGCUGCCUGCGGAUCGUCAACAGAUACAGGGUCUUUCUGCAGUUUUUGCUCUGCACUGCCAUGUUUGGAAGUGUGGGCGCCAUAGUUGAUAUGAACUCCGAGUCCUGGUUGCUCAAAGGGAUCCUGCUGGCCUGUGUGAUAGGUGUGAUCAAUCUGGCCUCAAGGAACUUCCCAAGUCCAGCCUUUCAGACUCUCCUACCAGCUACAUCUCUGAUGGCUUCAGUGUUCUGGAUGCUCGUCACCUGGUUCCUCUGGUUCUUGCCAGAUGGGCCCAGUGCCACAGUUCAGGUCUUGUUCACUCUGAACGCCACCGCUCUGCUGUACUACUACUUUCGCACCUGCAGGACCGACCCAGGCUUCGUCAAGGCAACCGAAGAAGAGAAGAAAAUGAAUGUGUUGGUGUUGGCUGAAUCCGGCUGUCUGGAGCCCAGAAUAUUCUGCACUUCCUGCAUGAUCAAGAAACCAAUGAGAACAAGCCACUGCUUCCAGUGUGACUGCUGUGUGGCCAAGCAGGACCACCACUCCAUCUGGACCAAUGGCUGCAUCGGUGCGAGGAACCACUACUACUUUGUUCUCUUUCUGCUCUCCCUCGUGCUGAUGGGAGCCUGGAUGUUCUACGGUUGCCUCACAUACUGGUUGACUCACUGUGUGCUGCAUUAUGAGGAGCAGGGCCUGUGGGGCGUCGUCUCGGCCCUGGUGAGCUGCUCCCCAUGGCUGCUCACCAUCUUCUUUCUGGCCUUCUAUCACACCUGCUGGUCCGGCUUGACCCUGCUGCUGCAGCUCUACCAGAUUGCCUUCCUGGGACUGACCACAGCAGAGCGGACGAGCCUGACGCUCCACCAGAGGAAACUCCGACAAUCCGUCUCCCUCAGACAGAAUCCAUACAAUCUGGGCGUGGUGCGGAACCUGGUGUCCUUCUUCCAGAUGCGUUGCUGUGGCCUCUUCAAACCGGCCAUCAUCGACUGGACGCAGCAGUUUCCGCCCGACCGCGACCAGCGUGUGUUCGGACACACCGACAUGGUCUGACCUCCCCACCACCCGUCACUCAGGGUCAACGGUCAAACUUUCACAGUGGUUCUGGACCAAAAGCACAAAGUGUAUUUAUUUAUUUUUUUAACAGGUUGGCUCGCUUGUGAAGAGAGACCACCAUAAUAGAAGUUAAGAAAAAAAAAAAAAAAAACACAAAGCAUUGUGUAGAUAUCGUUUGAUUUAGUUGCUCUUUGUACAGACUGCUGCUGCCUUAUACUUGACCAAUGUAAGUGACAUGAAAAUCACAACUGUGUUCAUUUGGGUGAGGUUAAGAAACCUUUAAAGGCCUAAAUUGUAACUGAAGUUUUGAGAUGUUUUUUUUUUUUUUUUUUUUUUAUGAACACAUCAAGCCUAUUUUUUAUCAUCUGUUCUGGGGGAAAAAAGGAUCUUUGUACGUGUAAACGUUUGGUUUUACGACUUUUAUAAGAGUUGCAUGUGUUUAAUAAUGAAUGACCACUAUAAUACUUCAAUAAAGCAAUGUUGUGCCUGUCUUUUUAA